AUGCAGCCGCUGCUGACCGCACCAUCGUUUGAGCAACACCCUACCGGUUUCGGUAUCGGUACAGCUACUCCGCGCAUUUCGUGGCGCUUUAUCCCCUCUCCUUCCACUAUCCAGGCGUGGGAACAGUGUGCUUACGAUAUCGAGAUCGUCCACCUUCCCGGUGACCGCCAAGAAUCGUACCAUGUGGUCAGCACGGAAUCAAUGCUGGUCUCAUGGCCUAGUAAGCCUCUGCAGGCCCGAGGACAGGCCCGUGUUAGGGUCAGAGCGCACGGGAGAGUCACAGAUGGGGAGACAGAAAGGGUCCUUGGGCCAACUCCUUGGUCCCCAUGGGCGGUUGUCGAAUGUGCGUUGCUGAACGUCGCCGACUGGGUUGCCCGUCCGAUUACCACGACCACUGCGCGAGAGCCGAAUGGACCUCAGCGACCGCUGUACUUUCGCAAAUGCUUCAAGGUCCCAUUUGCGGGUAAAGUCUCCCAAGCAAGGCUGUAUAUUACCAGUUUGGGCAGUUACAGAUCCUAUAUCAACGGGUGCAGAGUGGGGGAUCACUGCCUGGCUCCUGGUUGGACGAGUUACAACAACCGUCUCAACUAUCAGAUCUUCGACGUUGCAUCUCUUAUCAAUUGCCGACAGGAGAACGUUAUUGCGGUUGAAGUUGGUGAAGGUUGGUAUGCGACGCGUCUGGGUUUCUUCGGAGGAACCAGGUGCAUAUACGGCAACGACCUGGCCGUCCUCGCCCAGGUCGAGAUUGUCACGGAUCAGCAAGAGACAUUUGCCCUCCAUUCGGACAGUUCUUGGAAAUGCGCUCCUAGUGCUAUUAUUCGCAGUGAGAUCUACGAUGGCGAGCUCUAUGACGCGAGAGAAGAGCAGCAAGGUUGGAACAUUCACGCCACUUUUGACGACCGCACCUGGCAGGCCACCAGGACACUUGAUAUGCCAGGGGGUAGACUCGUUAUCCCGAGCUCGCCACCUGUUCGAGUGACGCAGGUCAUUGCUCCUACGUCUAUAUUUUCCACAGAGUCGGCAAAGACGAUCAUUGACUUCGGCCAGAAUCUGGUCGGAAAGCUACGCAUCCGGUCACUAAACAAGCCAGCGGGUAGCCGAAUCCGUUUCGCGCACGGCGAAGUCUUGGAAAAUGUAGAGCUCUGCGUGAGACCACUCCGCGACGCCAAAUGCACCGACGAAGUGAUUACCUCGGGGCAGAAGCUGCGAGAUUGGUCCCCGGGGUACACGUUCCGUGGAUUUCGCUACGUACAAGUUGAAGGCUGGUCGGCCAGUGACGAAUCAGAGCCCCUCUCAAUGUCGAGUAUUGAACGCCUUGUGUGGAGCAUGCGCGGCAACUUUCUAUCCAUCCCUACAGAUUGCCCGCAAAGAGAUGAACGAUUAGGGUGGACCGGCGACAUUCAAGUUUUCUGUCCCUCUGCCAGUUUCUUGUACAAUACUGCUGGUAUACUCGGCGACUGGCUCAAGGACCUUGCGUUGGAGCAAUUUGAAGCAGACGGUGUCCCCCCAUUCGUGGUCCCUAAUGCACUGGGGGAAAUGUGGGAAGGUAUCCCGCAAGCUGUUUGGGACGAUGUGACAGUGCUCACUCCGUGGGAUCUAUACCAAUAUUUUGGUGACCGGGAAAUCCUUCGCUGUCAGUAUCAGAGCAUGCUUGCCUGGAUUGAUACAGGAAUUCGUCGUGGGCCAGAUGGCUUGUGGGAUCCCGAGCUCUGGCAGCUUGGGGACUGA